AUGCGUCUCGACGCUCUCCUGCCUCGUCAGUCCAGCGGUUGCAUCGACUGUCCAGAGACACCAGUGUGCAGUUGUGCAGCUAAUCAAGAAUGCUUCCAGAUUAGCAGGGACUGCUAUACUUGCAGUACAUUCAAGUGCGUUUCCCAGGAUAGCACUUCCUCCAGUAGCAGCACUGGUGGUGUGAGCAAAGGUGCCCUGGCUGGCGCAAUCAUUGGAUCGCUUGUUUUUCUCGCUAGUGCCAUCUUUCUUUUCCUAUGGUGGCGUCGCUCGACUCGCCGCCGCCGUGCUUUGGAAGAGGCAGAAGCCAAGCCUGAUGCUCCUGCUCCAGCAGAGACGGUUCUGAACAGGCCAAAUCCUACGGAGAAGCCACCGCCGACGCCAGUGGAACAGAACACCGUCAGAGUAUAUUCUUCAUCUUCCAAUACCACUAUCGAUCUGGACCCCGAUUCCCAAACCUCUUCGCACCCUCGCUCACCGAUAUCCAUACGUUCCAAUCCUUUCGAAGACAGCAAUUCUAUUCAAACUGCAGGAACCGAAGGGACUAACGUUAUACCCAUCGCUCUCGUCCCCCCUGAUCCAUCAUCCCACGCCUCAUCGCAUUCCGAACUGUCCAAUGUUUCUUCCCCUGUUCGACCGCCACGCUCUCCAGACCUUAAUCUCGAGCACGUUAAUGUCUCUCACGACUCUAUCCGUAGUCCCCAGGGUUACGCUUUAUCGCAGCGCUCAGGAGUGUCUGGGGUGUCUUCGCGACAGUCAUAUAUGUCCAAUGCCAGCUAUUCCAGUGAUUUCCUUAAUGAAGCACCCAUGAUCAUAACCCCUGGCCACGGCACCGUGCGACAAGUAUUAGGUGUCGUCAAAGCGGAGGUCAUCAAUGCGCCUGGACCUAAUGAUGGCUUGAGGACACCUGGGGCUGCCUCACGGCCAACUAUCCGGUCACCUUUGGCGGCGACCUCGUUUGGUCCGGCAGAUAUCGUGGGUGGUGGUGAUGAAUCAUUAGAAGGAAAUCCGUUCAGCGACAGGCAUUCGUCUACUGCGACUACGCAUGCCACAUCACCAGGUUCCGGUCGAACGGCAUUUAGUCCGGCAUCACCGACACGAGAGUCCAACAUGAACUGGAUUCCUGAUGGUCCUCACCUACCCUGGGCACAGGACGGCGACAACAGCCGUCCGUCCAGUAUGAGUACACAGGCUGGGUCCAUCAUCGGUAUAGAGAACGCUACCAGGGUUAAUGUAGGCCUUCUGGAUAGGUCGCCCUCGUACAGAACUACGAAGGGCAGACUGGUCACCCCAUCUACUGUUGGACUUGGGACUCUGGAAGAACAGCAGCAACGGGCUCUUGCACACGCGCAAGCCAGAGCGCAGGCGCAAGGAUUGGAUAAGAACAAGAGGGCUUCGGGUUCAUCAGUCCUUUCUGCUACAUCUACCAGAGCUGAUUCGAUUCUGGAGUCCUUCCCUUUUGUUCCUCCAUCGCCCAUAUCUAACAGACCGAUGAGGUCGCCUCCGGUGUCACCAAUGGGUCAGAGUUUCUCCGGCGGGCCGUCCUCUCCCAACGCGCAGCAAUCGUUCUCAUCCUCUUCGACACAAGCUACUGCCGUCCUUUCUCCUCAGGUUAAUAGUUUCUCUGAGAGUGAGACGGAUCUGCCAUCUCCGCCCAACAGGCGCACUUUAGGCCUGUCCACGGGAUCUCAACUGUCGACGGCAUCCUCUGGCCUAGGGUCCUUCCCGUUCCAGAUAGAUACAGGGAACUCGAGAGAGCCUUCACCGAUGCCUUCUGUUUAUAGUGGGCGUCAGCGUGCAAGCUUGGACACUUUGGCUAUUACCAGUGACCUCUCGUCAUAUCCCCUUGGUUUCGACAGGGACAGCAUUCUUCCUCCUUCAUCUAAGAGGGCCUAA